AUGAAAUUUUCACAUACAUUGCAGUUUAAUGCAGUGCCCGAUUGGAUUGAUUAUUAUGUCGCCUAUGAUCAAUUAAAGAAGCUCAUCUUCCAACUUGAAAAGGAGCGUGUCGAAUCAGCAGCAUACCAGGAACACAAUGACCCUGAACAAUACAGCGGCUCAUCACCCUCUGCUCAAGAGCAACAAGAAGCCUUUCUUAGUGCGCUUGAUGUGCAACUUGACAAGGUUGUCAACUUUUAUGUGCAAAAGGAGGAAGAAUUGUACAAUCAAAUCGACAUUUUGCAACGAUCACUUGGUCAACAACAACAACAACAAGAAGAGCAAACACAAUCAGCCAUCGGCAGUCCUUUAGAAAAAAUCGAUUCAACUCCUCAUCUCGAUAAACUCCACAAGGUCACCCGCAAGAUUUCAUUCGAGUCACGGAUAUCCUCCAAAAGCGAAACCGGCAUUGAUGUGGAUGCCCUCUUUGAUACACGAUCACAGUUAAUUCUUUUAUACGUCUCCCUUUCCGAGCUUGAGUCCUACCUUGAGUUGAAUCGGAGUGCCUUUGACAAGAUCCUCAAAAAGUAUGACAAGGUCUUGGAUGGCAAUCUCCGCGAAACCUACAACAAAAAGAUGGUCCGAGAAGCCCGUCCCUUUACUGGUGAUAGCAUGGAGGACUUGCGUGCCCAUAUUGAACGUUUGGAGCAUGUGUAUGCUGACAUCUUUUGCAAUGGUGAUGCACGCGUGGCGGCUCGUCAAAUGAAGACCCAUUUACGUGAUCAGGUGACCUAUGAUCGCAACACUGUUUGGCGCGACAUGAUCGGUCAAGAACGCAAAGCAUUGUCAGCACAUGUACAAAAUCCCGCUGAGCCUUCAGGGUAUCGCAUUCCCUAUAUCGAUUUCGUUGUCACUCGCAGCCUUCUUCGAUGCACCAUCUUUUUCCUUCUUGCUUUGGCUGCCUUUAUCAUUUUGCUUUGUGUCGAUUGUUUCGGCAAUGUGGAAGAAAACCGUUGCUUUGCCUUGUUGAUUUUCGCAGCCAUUCUUUGGGCUACCGAAGCUGUGCCGCUGUAUGCCACAUCCAUGCUGAUUCCAUUCCUUAUCGUUCCCCUCAAGAUCAUGCGCAAUGACGAUGGCUCGUUGAUGACGGCUGCUGAUGCUGCCAAGGAUACAUUUGCAUCCAUGUUUAGUUCUACUAUCAUGAUGUUGCUUGGUGGUUUCGCAUUAGCUGGUGCACUCAGCAAGUAUGGUAUUGCCAAGGCAUUUGCAUCCCAUGUCCUUUCACGUGCAGGCACACGUCCUCGUUGGGUCCUUCUUGCCAUCAUGUUUGUCUCCGGCUUUUUGAGCAUGUGGAUCUCCAAUGUCGCAACUCCCGUCUUGUGCUUUUCACUCAUCGAUCCCAUCAUGCGCACAUUGCCUGAUGGCUCACGCGUAGCACCUUGCUUGCUUUUGGGUAUUGCCCUUGCCAGCUGUAUCGGUGGCAUGACAUCGCCCAUCUCCUCACCACAAAACAUCAUCACCCUUCAGUACAUGAAUCCCAAUCCAGGCUGGGGUAUUUGGUUUGCUGGUGCUUUGCCUAUCGCCAUUCUUACCCUUAUCUUUUGUUGGGGUAUGCUCUUGCUUAUUUAUCGUCCUGAUCGCGCUCAACAACAUCUCAAUCGCAUCAAGCCCACACGUGGCAAGGUCUCUUUUGCCCAAUGCUAUGUCAUGUUUAUUACAUGUGCAACCAUCGCCCUUUGGUGUGCUGAAACUGCCAUGGAAGAUGCUAUUGGUGCCACGGGUGUUAUUGCCGCUGUCCCAUUGUUCAUGUUUUUUGGUACCGGUAUCCUCAAGAAGGAUGAUCUUAACGCUUUCUUGUGGAGUGUAGUGGUACUUGCUCAAGGUGGUAUGGCUCUUGGCAAUGCUGUCACAUCAUCCGGUCUUUUGGAAGAUAUUGCUUUGCGUAUCAAGGACGGCAUUCAAGAUUUGGAUGCUAUUGCCAUUCUUGCCAUUUUCGCAUUCCUGAUUUUGGUGUUUUCUACCUUUGUGUCUCACACUGUUGCCGCUUUGAUCAUUGUUCCUAUUGUUCAACAAGUUGGUGAAGCAUUGCCUACACCUCGUCCCAAUCUCCUUGUCAUGGGUGCUGGUUUGGCAUGCUCUGCUGGUAUGGCACUUCCAGUCUCCGGUUAUCCCAAUAUGGCUGCUGUCAUGUUGGAAGAUCAAGCAGGCAAGCCCUAUCUUAGCUCCAAGGACUUUUUGAUCGUUGGUAUUCCCACCAGUGUCUUUGGCACAGUCCUCAUCUUCACCCUUGGUUAUGGCAUUCUAUCAGGUGUUGGUUACUAA